AUUUAAGACCGUUUAUUGUGACGAAACAGUCUUACGUAUUCUUUGCAUAUGUUGAUCACAGUUUAGCCCCUUGCGAUUAUCAUAAACUCCUUUGUUUCCAAUUUUAUAAACAUCAGUGGUUACAAACUGUACAUAUCUGCACAUUUCACCAGUGCGAGAUGUCAACAACUGUUCAUCGAAAACAAACAUAUUCUUGUUAAAUUGAAAGAUUCGGGUUUCUACAAUCUGAAGAUUGGUUACGUCAUCAAGCAGUGAGAUCAUUAAUUAUUGGCUGAAUUUAUGGGCCUAUUCAACAAGAAUUGUUACUUUCUGAAAUCAUUUUAAUACAGCCUUGAAAACGUAGAACAUGACUAAGAGCAAACGACUUCCAACAAAAGUGCUUAUACAUAAAUUAUCCGUAUAGUAUUAUAAUGAUAUAAAUCUGUAAUAAAUUACACAGUAUGAAACUGCUUCUAAUAAGAUAAUGAUACAAGUACUAGCAUUUGUUUAAACAUGUAAUUAUAUAAAUGUAUUAAUGAAGAGGUAUAAUGUUUAAAAGUUGAGCAUUUUUGGAAAACUAAUAUAAGUUCCGUGUCACAUGUAUUCUGACCUUAAAACCUUUGCAGAGAACGUUAUUGCACUUAUAUGUCAAUAUGUGAUAUAUUUUUCCAACAUCCAAGUUCCCUUAACAUUUUUUGGAAAAGCAUUUUACAAAAAGCAUGUAACUGAAUCAGAAUUAAGUCCAACACAAUGCCAAAGAUAAGUGAAGCAAAGGACUUCACACAUGUUGGUGUGAUGGAAUUAGAAAAGGCAAAACUCAUACCAGUGACUGACAAGAUCAUCGUAAAGGACAGCGGACUGAAAGAUGAGGGACUGAUGAACCCACGUGCGCUUUUCUUCUUAGUCAUCUGGUACUUCUUCAGCUUCUGUACUCUGUUCCUGAACAAGUAUAUCUUGACCGAGCUGAGAGGAGAUCCUUUACUGCUUGGUGCAAUGCAGAUGGUAAUGACAACCAGUCUUGGCUUCUUACAGAUGUUUUUGCCUCUUGGUUUCUAUACUAAUAUCAAACGUGAUGGGAAGCCACCAAAUUUCUGGAGGAACAUGGUCAUUGUUGGAUCCAUGAGGUUUUCCGACGUAGUAUUGGGACUGGUAGCUCUAAAGUUUGUGGCAGUAUCAUUCACGGAAACAGUGAAAAGUUCCGCACCAAUAUUCACUGUAUUUAUAUCUUACAUAAUGCUUGGAGAGUAUUCUGGUGUCUUCACUGUGCUUAGCCUGAUCCCUAUCAUGUUUGGUCUGGGUCUAUGUACAAUGUAUGAAUUAAGUUUCAAUGUUGAAGGAUUUGCAGCAUCAUUGGGGACAAAUAUAUUAGAAUGUUUACAAAACGUGUAUUCCAAGAUGCUGAUUAGUGGUGAAAAAUACAGAUAUACUCCAGCAGAGUUACAGUUCUUUACAAGCAUUUCAUCUGUGAUAGUACAAAUCCCUGCCUGCAUUAUCAUGAUAGAUGUCCAGCAUGCAAAGAAAACAAUGGACGUUACAAUGUUUACAAUCUUCAUCUUAAACGGCGUGUUUUUCCACUUCCAAAGUAUCUCAGCAUAUGUUCUAAUGGGCUAUAUAUCGCCUGUAACACAUAGUGUUGCUAACACAGUGAAAAGAGCUUUCCUCAUCUGGUUAUCAGUUAUAGUGUUUAGUAACCCGGUGACUUUCUUCAGCGGACUUGGAACAGCCAUUGUCACUGUUGGAGUUCUGUGCUACACUAAAGCAAAACAGAUUGACGCUGCUAAACAGGCUCUAAAAUACGCGGUUGAUGAAGAAAUUAUUGUACACAAACAAUUAAGAGUAAAGACUUAAGUUUAAGUUUUAAAACAUGUCUUGAUGUAUUCUUCUUCCAAUAGAAACUUUACUUUUAAUUGAUAUGAUUGCUAACAUUAAUUUUGUAUUUAUUGACGAGGCGUUUUGUUAUUAUCAACUGCCUUAGGCGGAGGGAUGUAGAAAUGGCGUUGUCCAUACGUAUGUUUCAAAACAUUUCAGUGCUAUAUCUCAGAAACUAUAUAAGAUAUUGACAUGAAACUUCAUUGGUGUAAAGGUAUCAAUAAGUGGAUGUGCUAUUUGCAAGAACCAUAACCAUACACUUUCUUAAAUAAGAUCUAUUGCAAUUAAGGGCUAUAUCUCAUAUUCCAUACAAGACUUCGACAUGAAACUUCAUGGGUGUAUUAAUAUCAACGAGGAGUAGUGCCAUGCGUAAGAAUCAUAACCCUACACUUUCUAAAAUAAGAGUUAUUGGCCUUUGUUGUUUUAGUAUGAUGUUACUUUGGUGCUUUACGAUAUGCUACAAGAUUUCAACAUGAAACUUCAUGGCGUAUAGAUAUCAACUAGGAGAAUUGCAAUGCGCUAAAAUAAUUUCCCUACACUUAUUUUUAGCUCACCUGAGCACAACGUGCUCAUGGUGAGCUUUUGUGAUUGCCUUUUGUCCGUCGUCCAUUGUCUGUAGUGCUUUGUGCUUUGUCCUUUGUGCGAUGUCAACAUUUGCCUUGUUCACUCUCUAGAGGCCACAUUUAUUUCCAAUCUUCAUGAAAUUUGGUCAGAAGAUUGGUUUCAAUGAUAUCUUGGAUGAGUUCGAAAAUGGUUACGUUUGCUUGAAAAACAUGGCUGCCAAGAGUCGGGACAUUUUUCCUUAUAUGGCUAUAGUAAAACCUUGUUAACACUCUAGAGGCCACAUUUAUUUUUCGAUCUUCAUGAAACUUGCUCAGAAGAUUUUUCCAAAUAAUGUCUUUGAUGAGUUCAAAAAUGGUAACCUUUGCUAGAAAAACAUGGCUGCCAAGGGGCGGGGCAUUUUUCCUUAUAUGGGUAUAUAUGGCAAUAGUAAAAUCUUGUUAACACUCUAGAGGCCACACUUAUUUCCAAUCUUAAUGAAACUUGCUUAUAAGAUUCAUCCCAAUAAUAUCUUGGAUGAGUUCGAAAAUGAUGCCGGUUGGUUGAAAAACAUGGCCCCUAGGGGGCCGGGCAUUUUUCCGUAUAUGGCUAUAGUAAAACCUUGUUAACACUAUAGAGGCCACAUUUAUUGUCAAAUCUUGAUGAAAUUUGGUCAGAAGGUUUGUCUUAAUGAUAUCUUGGAUGACUUUGAAAAUGGUUACGUUUGCUUGAAUAACAUGGCCGCCAAGGGGCGGGGCAUUUUUCCUUAUAUGGCUAUAAAAGGCUAUAGUAAAAAUUUUGUUAACACUCUAGAGGCCACAUUUAUAUUCCGAUCUUCAUGAAACUCUGUCAGAAGAAUUAUCCCAAUAAUAUCUUGGACGAGUUCAAAAAUGAUGUCGGUUGGUUGAAAAACGUGGCCACCACAGGGGCGGGGCUAUUUUCCUUAUAUGGCUAUAGUAAAACCUUGCUAACACUCUAGAGGUCACAUUUAUUUUCCGAUCAUCAUGAAACUUGGUCAGAAGAUUUGUCCCAAUGAUAUCUUGGAUGAGUUUGAAAAUGGUUUUGGUUGCUUUAAAAACAUAGCCACCAGGGGCAGGGCAUUUUUCCUUAUAUGGCUAUAUAUGGCAAUAGUAAAACCUUGUUAACACUCUAGAGGCCACAUUUAUUGUCCAAUCUUCAUGAAAUUCGGUCAGAUGAUUGGUCUCAAUGAUAUCUUGGAUGAGUUCGAAAAUAAUUAUGUUUGCUUGAAAAAAUGGCUUCCAAGGGGCGGGGCAUUUUUCCUUAUAUGGCUAUAGUAAAAUCUUGUUAACACUCUAGAGGCCACAUUUACUGUCCGAUCUUCAUGAAACUUUGUCAGAAGAUUCAUCCCGAUAAUAUCUUAGAUGAGUUCAAAAAUGAUGCCGGUUGGUUGAAAACAUGGCUGCCAGGGGGCGGGGCAUUUUUCCUUAUAUGGCUAUUGUAAAACCUUGUUAACACUCUAUAGAGGCCACAUUUUUUUUCCCGAUCUUCGUGAAACUUGGUCAGAAGAUUUGUCCCAAUAAUAUCUUGUUAUCUCAGGUGAGAGACUUUGGGCCUUUCAGGCCCUCUUGUUUUAGAAUUAUGCCCUAUAUCAUGGAAUUUGCUCCCAUCUGUAAACAAAAUUUAUUUGGCGGGGUACAUCAAUUCAACGAAUUUGCUUAUGUUAUUUUCAUGCGGGAGUUAAAAUAUAUACUAGAGUAUUCCGAUUACUAUAACCUCUGCCCCAUUAAAGAAGCCGGUUUGUUUUCUUACAUUUUAUCAAUCCAUCUUAUUGCCAGAGUCAUUCUGUUCCAUUCUUUAGCAGUUUUCCUUUCAAUCUGCAGGAAACUUCAAAGAAUAUUACACCUGCUAUAGCAAUGAUCCAAACUAAGUUUCCCCAUACUGACUGAACAUUUUGCUAAAAAUUAUUUAUCCAACAAUUUCAGUAGCAGUUUAAAUUACUCCAGAAAUAGCUUUGAGUUAAGGAUUUUGCAGAUUCGUACAAGUUUUAUUGGAAUGCUAUUCAAUCUAGAGGUAAUUUAUUGAAACACGUAUUUGCUAUGUAUUUGUUAAAGAUACACCAAUAAUGUUAAAAGUGAUUAUUCUUAAUCACGAAGUUUAUGCCUUAAGUUUGAUUUAUGUAUUGUUUUUGAAUAUGUGUAAUUGUUAUUUACAUAAUUAAACAAUUCAUAAUAGGUUGUUUUAUUAGUUACAUUAUAAUUCUUGUCAGUUUAUUAAACACCAUUCACAUUAUUAUUCUUAUAAUUAUGAUACUAGUAAUAACAAUUACAACCGUUGUAACAUUAUUAUUGAUACUAACAUUUAAAUACGUAAUUUGUUACUAUUUUAUUUGGUUGUAACAAGUUACAACAAGCAUUGUUGUUAUUAACAUUAUCAUUAUCACCUUAUAAAUUAUUUGUGACACCACUAUUAUUAGUGCGUUGCACCCCAUUAUCACCAAUAUAAAUUAUUUUUGUCACCGAUAUUAUAAAUGAGUUAAACCAUUAUUAUAACCGCCUUUCGCAUCACUAUUUUUAUCAGUAUCCAUUCGUCAUUGCUUUCAUUAAUUUAAUUUGAUUGUUAACAUUAUCAAUGCUAUUGUUAAAAAAAGUCAUGUAAAUAAAAAACACAACAAAACACAGAAACAACAAAGCCAAGGACAGCAUAUGUUCCCGCUUACACUAUUGCUAUCAUCUACAAUGAAAGUAAAUUUUAUUUCAAAUAUUAACAAAUUGAAUCUUUAGUUUCGCCAGCAGGACAGUUUACUAAUGAGAUCAGAGUUAACACCUCCACUAUUAUAUAUCAGUAACUGUUCAUAUUAUAUUGCUUUAAGAAUAUAUUCCAGAUCGAAUGCAUGUAGCUAUUGCAAUUAUAAGGAUUGUGUCCUGUAUGCUGAACUGCUAUUAUUGGUAUAUUGUGAUAAUCCGAUGUUGUGCCAUUGCAUUUUAUCCAGUAUUGAAUUAUUUAAGUAUCUUUUGGAUUAUGCAAUUUUUUUUAGUAUCUCCGGUUUUCAAUUGAUAUCAUUUUUACCUGCAUAUUAUGUUUUCGUUACAUAGUAACGUUAUACUUAUAACAUAUUAAUCACUGUAAUUAAUAUUUUGGGGAACACUUCAAUGACACAGUCAGUGGUCAUUCGAUAUUGUUUUGAAAUAAAUGACUAAACAAAU